UUAGCAAUGUCAUGAUUCUCCGACGAGCCCGGGCAGUUAUCCAGAUCACGUGCUGUCAUGGACACAUCCACACUACUACCUCUCAUCUUGCAUCACGUGACAUCCACACUUCAUCCUCUCAUCUCGCAUCACGUGACCCUAAAAAACAGUGGGAGGAUUUCUCUGAGAACCUUCGGAAGAAGGGUGGUAUACAAGGCUGGCUGAAGGACAAGUCAAACCAGUAUCAAGACAAGGCAAACGACAAUAAGAAUUCUUUUAAAAAAGCUAAACAAGAGUUCCGGGAGAAGAGAAAUAAGCAAUCUGACGGGGGAGUGGAGGGGGACCUGCCCGGCAAGUUCCUCGCUUAUUUUCCUACAACCGCUAAAUUUAACAGCACCUUUGAUAGGGCUCUGUCCAAGUUACCGGACGGAAAAGAUCUGCUUAACCAGAUACCACGAAAAUACUGGCCCUAUCUUCGUCUUAGCAGGGUUGACAAGCCUAUUGGAGCAUGGCUGCUGUUUCUACCGGGAGCUUGGGGUAUAUGUAUGGCUCCUUUUGGAGCAAUGAGUGUUCAUCUUCUCUUACUGUUCGGAAUAGGUGCUGUGUUGAUGCGUGGGGCGGGCUGUACAAUAAACGACAUGUACGAUAUAGACCUGGACAAACAAGUGAUCCGGACUCGAGACCGUCCUCUUGCUAGCAGUGAACUAACCAAACAGCAGGCAACGCAGUGGUUAGCUGUCCAACUUGGAGUAUCUUCUCUCAUCCUCUUUUCUCUCAACACUCAGACGAUAGUGCUCGGUAUGUGUUCUCUACUGCUGGUCGGCACUUAUCCUCUCAUGAAGAGAGUCACUGACUUCCCUCAACUCUACCUGGGUCUCACCUUCAAUCUGGGGGCAUUGAUGGGGUACAGUGCAGCCUCAGGUAACCUCGGUUUAACUCCCUUCGCUCUGUACGGAGCUGGCAUAUGUUGGACUAUGGUGUACGACACUAUAUACGCGCACCAAGACAAGGUGGAUGAUCUGAAGGUGGGUGUUAAAUCAACUGCUCUCACAUUUGGGGACAGAACCAUUCAGAUCUGCUCUAACUUCACUACAGCAAUGGGGCUGUCCCUGUUCCUUGCGGGCAUGGGAGGGGGGCUGGGGCCUACUUACUUCAUUGCUUCCUUCCUAUCCUGCACUAUGAUUAUGAGGGGGCUGUCUCUUGUAAACCUGGAUGAUCCUAAAAGCUGCUGGGAGUUUUUCAUCAUGAACAGAAACAUUGGUCUGGUUAUUCUUCUCAGUAUCCUUAUGGGAAAGAUUUUUUGAAAUUUUGUUUUGCUUCUAUUCUGUUCCUGCGCAGAAUAUUCUCACUUUUCCAACUCUCCGCGAUCCUUUUUUUUACAACGCAAGCAUUCUGAUUAAAAAUUUCUUGUAAAUCAGAAGGUUUUUGUAUUUUUUGUGUUUAAAAGAUUGCUCUCGAAUCGUUAAAAGAUGUAGCAUUGUGAUUUUGUAUGUUUCUCCAGCUCCGAAUGGUCUGAACUAGUGAACUACGCUUUAUUAACGAUUUAUCUAGAUCUUUUUGGAUCGCAUUUUUCAUUCCAUCUAAGUUAUCUUUCCAAUAAACACAUUUUCCUUAGGUAUCAGUAUGACCUUAAAAUACUUCGUUGACAUAACGUAAUACGAAGAGGAGCAUGUUUUACAGAAUAUAACACGCAGAUACCUGAAUCCCUUAAACCCUGCUAAGUGCUGCUCCCACUUUCUAACCCAAGUAAUGCCUCUCUCCAAUAAAAUACUUGUAACCAUGCUUUGCAUACUCCUCCCCACCUCCCUUUCCUUGAACCACACUCCAGAGAACAGAGAAUACAAGGAGAAGGCUAGGGAGAUGUUCCAGCACGCGUACUACGGCUACAUGGAGCACGCUUACCCUGAAGACGAGCUGAAACCGCUGAGUUGUAGAGGUCACUCCACGUGGGGUAACGUCUCCCUGACUCUCAUAGACUCGCUGGAUAGCUUAGUGGUCCUGGGUAUGCACAAGGAGUAUAGAGAGGGGGUUAACAAGAUCAUCCACAACACUAACUUCUCCAUUAAUAAGAAUGUAAGCGUGUUCGAGACUAACAUCAGAGUAGUGGGGGGACUGUUAUCUGCUCAUCUGCUGAUGGAGAGAGGAGGGAUGGAGCUGCCUGAGGGCUGGCCCUGUGCUGGUCCCUUAUUAGAUCUAGCUGUCGACAUUGCCAGCAGACUCCUCCCCGCCUUUAACACUCCCACAGGUCUGCCGUACGGGACUACUAACCUAAUGUAUGGAGUACCUAAGGGAGAGACCACGGUAACAGGGACAGCAGGGUGUGGCACCUAUCUUAUGGAGUUUGGCAUGUUGUCCCGCUUAACAGGCGACCCAGCGUUCGAACAUGCAGCGCGUCGUGCGCUCAAUGUGCUCUUCAACGCAAGGUCUAAAAUAAAUCUUGUCGGUAAUCACAUAGACAUUUCCAGAGGGGAAUGGAUAUUCAGAGAAGCAGGGAUCGGUGGUAACGUGGACUCCUACUACGAGUACCUCCUCAAAGGUGGACUUUUCUUUGAAGAUUUUGAACUCCUCAGUCAGUUCAAAGUAUUGUACAACGCAGUGCUGAAGAAUUUACAGCAUGAUUUCUGGUAUAUCUGGGGUAGCAUGUUCAACGGUAAUCCCACCCUACCGUCCGUAUCCACACUGGAUGCUUUCUGGCCGAGUCUACAAAUUCUAAUUGGGGAUAUUAAGAGUGCGGCCCGGACCCUCUCUAACUUCUACUCGCUCAUCUCACACUUCGGCUUCACUCCAGAGAUGUUUAGCUUGCUGACCGGAAAGGUAGCACCCGGCAGUGAGAUAUAUCCUCUUCGGCCGGAAUUUGUAGAGAGUUUAGUGUAUAUGUACCAGGCAACUGGGGACCAGAUCUGGAGGAAUAUGGGUAAACAGGUGCUGGACAGUAUAGAGCUGAGCACCAAGACUCCGUGCGGAUAUGCUACUGUCAGCAAUGUAGUGACUCAUCAACUAGAGGAUAAGAUGGAGUCUUUCUUCCUAUCGGAGACCACCAAAUAUCUAUAUCUCCUCUUUUCGGAUGAUCACUGGAUAUUUGAUAAAGGAGUAUCAGGGAAGAUGAGUGUGAUGCCGGAUGAGGAGGGUAACUAUGGUAACUAUGAGGAGGGUACGCACCACUACUAUACAGGCUACAAAGUGUGCGCUCCCAAUAGUUUCGGUUACACCUUUACCACAGAGGCGCAUCCGUUCCCUGCUGGUGUGCUAGGUUGUUGCUAUCCCAGACAGAAAGUCAAGGACAAUCUUCUAGAAAAGAUCUACCAGAACUCCACUGAUGAACCUCUAAAAAGCAGCAUAUUCGGGCUACCAAACAGUAUCUUGAAGUUAAUGUACGGAGAACCUAGAUUGAAACCAGGGGAGGUUUCAUCGCGCGAGUCUUAUGUGUGCAGCCGAGUCCAACGUUUCCUUGUCAAAACAGUAAGGGCUAAAAAAGAGUGUUUGUUGUGGGAUGAACCCUCAAUUUACGGAGAUGUGCGGACACACAACUGUCCUGUACGGCCGUGGUAUGCCAAGUAUGAGAUAUACGGAACUGAGUGGUCAAAAUUGUCCAGUAAAAAAGCAUUUAGGGUAGUAAAUAAAAACAGCAAGAAAUGAUGCUUUGAGUUUUUGAUUAAUUUUAAUUCGAUUUCGAUGACGUUUUAUCAUCAAUCGCUGAAUUUUUAGUUUUUAAACAUCUUCGAAGAUAUACCAAUUAAUUGUCCUUGAAUAUUCUUUUGCUGGUUUAUAAAAUAAAAAAUGCCUCAUGUAUUAUUUGAAAAAACAUUGUUA